GCAGACCCCGUAGGGAAGGAAGUACCACCCUACGGGGUCCGGGAGACGCUCCGCUGGCCCCUGCUCGGGGGGAGCCACUGGCGUGGUGCCUUGCUCCUCUACGAGGAGUACACUUUACACUACAAUGUUCACACUCUCCUCGAAGAGGAGCUAGGCCUCCACGGCUAGUGGCCCACGGAGUGCCAGCGGAGCGGCUUAUACACCCCGUAGGGAAGGGAGUAGUACCACCCUACGGGGUCCUGGAGACGCUCCGCUGGCCCCUGCUCGGCUCACCGAGAUGAUUCCCAAGGUGCACACGACAUCAGUGAGUGUACCGCUAAUGUGGACCAGAGGUACGAUGGCCGGCAGCGGCAGAUAGCUGCUAGUGGGGGGGAGAGCUUGAGCGCGGGUUUGGCUGCGAAAUCGUGCGAAGUUCCGCAAAAUGGCUGCGUGGCCGUGGGCCCGCGCUGGGGGGAGCCAAAAUAAAAAAAAAAAAGAUAAACAAAAAAAAAAGAAAAAGAAAACAAAGGCAACCAACGGGUCUACCGAGACAUAGACAGACGACCAAAUGAACAGGAUAAGGAAGAAGGACGCGCCCGUGCUUGGCGAACCGCUCCCGUUGCCCUACCGGGUGGCCGAGGCGGCGCCCACGGAGCGUCGCUCGAGAGAAAGAGAGCGGGAGACCGAGGUGGGCACCGCGGCUCCGGUCAGAGUGCCGUCGCGCCAGUCUGGCGGUGCGGACGUUGGAAGCGCUGGGGCCGAGGAUUUGGACGCUCUCAAGCCGCUGCUUCGUAGGAUUGUGGUGGGGAAGCUCCGCAAGGCCGGACGAGAGUCUGGCACAGAGCACGACGUUGGUGGUGGUGGUGGAGGGGUGGUGAAGGUUGAGGCAACUGGUGGUGCGAGUAGUGCGAAUUUGAGUGCGAGUGCGGGCUCUGGAGGAAUUGGUGGUGGUGGUGGUGGUGGGGCAAGGGCCUGGAGCGCUUCAGACCGCCGGUGGAAGGGAGGUAGCCUUCAGCAGCUGCAACGUAGUGGUAGUGGGACCAAGCGGAGUGCCAGUGGAGCUGGCAGCCGUGUGGACGACCACCAGUGGAAGGACCUGGACAUGGGCCUCGACCCGACGGUCCUGCGUAUACGCCAGAAGCUCAUGAAGGUGGAGCAGUACGCCAGCCAGGGCCACAACGACGUCGACCAUACGUUGGCCUUUAUAGAGACCGAGUUGGACAUCUUGCUCCGGAGUGUUGGUGGGCGUCAGGACAGCCAGCAGGAACAGCAGCCGUCCAACCGCAGUGCGUCUUGGGAUCACCAGGGCGGGAUAGAAGAAGAUGGCCAUGGCACUGGACCGGGUGACCGUGACGACAGUGUAGUUGAGCUCGAGGGUGCUGGCCCAUGGACUCCUCCGUCAGUGCUUGACGAGCUAGACCGGAUCAGACGCGAACAGGAGUCCCGGCGCCAGGACGUGGCCAGUGUUGGGAGCGAGCGUCUGGUGGGCUCCAAGAUCGUAGAGACGAUGACGAGGGCCCAUGCAACGACGGCGGUCAGGAGGACUGUUGGUGGGGCGGUCAGAGCAGCGAGUCUGCGCCCAUGGCUUUGGGCCGUGCUAGCCCUUGUUCUAGCGUUCAUGGCUUCCUCGGUCUACGUUUCUGGUCUCACGUACCAGUACUGCUACUACUACUGUUGAGUACAUACCUGCCCUACUAC